AUGACCGGCUCAAACGGCCAGCCGGCGGUCAUCGAUAAACGCGACUUCGACACCAACCGCCGCCCAGCAACUCCACACGAGUCCGAAGCACAAGAGGACCAGGCCCUGCUGCACUCCCGCCCGGUCUCGAGUCUGUCCGUAGGCAAUCGCUUCAGCGACAACAACGAUGGCCUCCUGAGCGAUGUGGUCGAGGAGAUUGUGGAGCGGGACCGCCGGAAGAUGGCGCGGCGGGUUGUGCGCAUUGCGAGCUUCGUUUGGGGGGUUAUUACAUGUCUCGGCGCAGGCAGCAUCACGGCGUUCUCGCUGUACGGCCCGUUGCUGUUGACCCGACUGCACUACACGCAGCUGCGCGUGAACGAGGUCUCCAUUGCAGCGGGCAUCUCAAUGUAUCUCCCCGUCUCUCUGGCGGGAUACCUCUGCGACCGGUACUCGCCGGCGCCGCUGACCCUAUUCGCGGGAAUCGCCUUCGGCUCCGGCUACCUCCUUGCUGCGUUGACGUAUAAGAGCGGGCCGCCUCCCGAUGCGGGCGGGACGGGCUGGCCGUUCUGGGUGAUGGUUGUGGCGUUUAUAUUCAUUGGUGUGGCUACGUGCAGUAUGUAUUUGGCUGCUGUGACGACGUGCGCGAAGAACUUUGGCCGGGGCAAGCACAAGGGCAUUAUCCUUGCUGUUCCUAUUGCGGCGUUCGGGCUUAGCGGGAUGUGGCAGAGCCAGGUUGGGACGUAUUUUCUUUGCGAGCGCUUGGAGGAUGGGAGGUGUGGGGAUGUUGAUGUCUACAGGUAUUUUGUCUUUCUUGCGGUGUUGCUGCUGAGUAUUGGGGUUAUUGGUAGCUUUGCGCUGAGGAUUGUGGAUGACGAGGAGGAGAAGUAUAUUGAUGAAGCGGUUGACGAGCUUGAGCGGAGUGGCUUGUUGGCGGAGAGUGAGUUCUUCAGACCGCGCGGUGAGGUGCAUGCGUAUGGGACGUUCUCGCGGGACGGUGAGGAUGGAUUAGCGGAUGAGCAGUCUACGAUCUCGGAGGAAAUGCGGGAGGCCGCCAGACGCGAGAAAGAGCGUGAGGAGGAGGAGCGCAGGAAGAAGAAUUGGCUGCUGAAUUAUGAGACAAGGACCUUCCUCGCGGACCACACGAUGUGGUGGCUUGCGUUGGGCUUCUUCCUGGUUACUGGUCCGGGCGAGGCAUAUCUCAACAACCUGGGAACAAUCGUCCAAACCCUCAACGCAGACACCGCCAUCGUCGACUCCCACCCCGCCGGCCUCCCCUCCACCCACGUCACAAUCAUAGCCCUCACCUCAACGAUAGCCCGCCUCCUAACCGGCUCGCUAUCAGACCUCUUCGCCCCCACAGCACCGCACCACUUCACAAUCGACCAAGAAACAUCAACCGCCAUCCCGACCCCCCCAAAACACCGCCCCACCCUCUCCCGCCUCUCCUUCCUCCUCCCCUCCGCCGUUUUACUGUCACUCGGCUUCCUCCUCCUCGCCUCGCCCCUCCCAGCAACGCACCCGCAACUCUCCCACCUCACAACCGCCCUCGUCGGCCUCGGCUACGGCAGCGCCUUCUCCCUCGUCCCAAUCAUCAUCUCCGUCGUCUGGGGCGUCGAGAACUUCGGCACGAACUGGGGCAUCGUCGCCAUGUUCCCUGCUGUGGGUGCCGCGCUGUGGGGCGUUGUCUAUUCGCGCGCGUACCAGGUUGCGUUUGAUGCGGGGGGCGGGGUCGGUGGGCAGUGUCGUGGCUGGCGGUGCUAUGGGGUUUGGGCGGUGGGCUGCACGCUUAGUGUUUUUGUUGCGGUUGGGGCGUGGAGUGUCGCGUGGGUUUCGUGGCGGAGGAGGGGGGUUGUUGUUUAG